AUGAGAAUUAAGGUCGCUCCACGCGCCCCUCUGCCAAGUCCGGCCUUGUCCGCCUUCCCCGGACUGCUCCAGAGCCGCACGACUUGUCAUAGCCGGGCUGUGCAGAGCGUUCCGCCGACGCUUGCCCGCAGCAUCCGAGAGCCGGCCCACCAGCCCUCGCCUUCCCCCCUCCGAUCCCCCUUCCCGCUUCCCCUCCUGGGUCGGGGCCGAGUUCCAAAUGACAGAGACACAGUUGCCAUUGAGGAUGUGACCGUGAGCUUCACCCAGGAAGAGUGGGCUCUGCUGGACCUUACUCAGAAGAAGCUCUACAGAGAUGUGAUGAUGGAAACCCUCAGAAACCUUGCCUCUGUGGGAACUCCCAGAGGAGAGCGGUCAUAUGACUGUAAGCAGUGUGGGAGAGUCUUCAGUCAGUCCUCACACCUCAUUAGACAUACCAGAAUUCACACUGGAGAGAAACCUUAUGAAUGUCCAGAAUGUGGGAAAUCCUUCAGCCAGUCCUCAUCCCUCGUUAAACAUAAGAGGACUCACAGUGGAGAGAUGCCAUUUGAAUGUAAAGAAUGUGGGAAAGUCUUCAGUCGCUCUGCCUCUCUCACCGUGCAUAUCAGAACUCACACCGGAGAGAGGCCUUAUGAGUGUAAAGAAUGUGGGAAAACUUUCACUCGGUCCUCAAACCUCACUAAGCAUAUAAGAACUCACACUGGAGAUAAGCCUUAUAAAUGUCAGGAGUGUGGGAAAGCCUUUACCUGCUCCACAUCUGUCACCAAGCACUUAAGAAUCCACACUGGAGAGAAGCCGUAUAAAUGUAAAGAGUGUGGGAAGCUCUUGCGUUACUCUUUCUCCCUUAGUUCACAUAUGAGAACACACAGUAGAUGUGCAGAACAAUGUGGGAAAACCUUAAAUCAGUCUUCAACCCUCACUAGUUAUAAAAGCAUUCACAGUGGAGAGAAACCUUAUGUAUGUCAGGAAUGUGGGGAAGAAUUUAUUUCACUCAUCUCAGUAGCCAUUUGA